AUGCUGGCAGGAUGUGGACAGACUUGCAGAGAGAAUGAAGGAAAGGAGAAAUAAGAAAGUAAAAUCAUCAGGUGUGAGACAUGGCGCUGAGAGCCGCUCUGCUGAAGAGUAUCUGGUACGCCUUCACGUCCCUGGACACCGAAGACAGCGGCAAAGUGUCCAAAUCACAACUCAAGGUUUUGUCUCAUAACCUUCACAGUGUUUUGCGGAUUCCUCACGAUCCGGCGGCCCUCGAGAGACACUUCAGCGAUGAUGAUGACGGUCCCGUGUCCAGUCAGGGGUACAUGCCCUACCUGAACCAGUUCAUACUGGACAAGGUGACGGAGGGGACGUUCGUUAAAGAGGAAGUCGAUGAGCUGUGCUGGACUCUGUGUUCCAAGAAGAACUACCGUCCCAACACGCUCCGGGUUCUGACCAAUCAGGAUGCUCUGCGGCUCUGGUGUCUCUUCAACUUCCUGGCGGAUGACAAAUACCCUCUCGCUCUCGUGCCAGAGGAGGCGGAGUAUCUGCUGAGGAAGAUCAGCAGCGUGAUGACGGUGGAGCUGAGCUGCGUGGAGCUGGAGGAGCUGCUGUCACGGGACGCCCUUCAGAAGGACGGCCUGAGCGUCUGGAGCUUCCUGGAGCUGGUGAACGCGGCGGCCGCCAGUCGAGCAGACGACGCCGAGAGCCUCUCCAUGGCCGUGGAGAAGGUGUAUCGAGAGAUGGUGGGGAACGUGCUGAAAGAGGGAUACCUGUGGAAGAAGGGACACCUGCGCAGGAACUGGACGGAGCGCUGGUUCUGCCUGAAGCCCGGAUCGCUCUCCUACUACGUCAGCGAGGACGGGAAGGACUGCAAGGGCGUCGUUGAGAUGGACCAGAACUGCUGUGUGGAGGUGCUGUCGGACAGGGAUGGGAAGAGGUGCAUGUUCUGCGUGAAGACGCUCAACAAGACCUUCGAGAUCAGCGCGCCGGACUCCCGACAGAGACAGGAGUGGAUCACAGCGAUCCAGACCGCUCUCCGUCUGUCCGCGGACGGCAGGACUUCGCUGCACGAGGAGCUGAAGGUGCGGCGGCGGGAGCUGCGGGAGGAGCGGGAGCGGAGGCGCGCGCUGCGGGUGGAGGAGACGCGGCGGCUGCAGGAGCUGCAGGGGGAGCGCGAGGAGCAGCUGGCCGAGCUGGAGCUGCUGAAGGAGGCGCAGAGACAGACACGAGCCUCGCUGCAGCAGGAGGAGCAGAGGAGACGCAGUCAGCAUGAGGAGCUGCAGAAAACCCUGCAGAAGCAGCUGCUCGAGGCGCAGGAGGCGCGUGCGAAUCUUCGAGCAGAGGUGGCGGUUCGUGAUCUGGAGGCCGAACAUCAGCGGAGGAGAAUCAGAGAGCUGGAAGAUCUUCAUCACAGACUGCAGGAAGCUCUAGAGCAACAGAUCAGAGCGCGACAGGAGGAAGAGACCUACAGAUACACACAGACCAGGCUGCUGGCUGAGGAGGAGGAGAAGGUGAAGUCUCUGCUGAGUCUGCAGGAGGAUCAGGAAGAGCAGCUCCUGCAGACCCAGCGCGAGAAGCAGGAGCUCGAGCAGGAGAUGGAGAGGAAGUCUCAGGCUCUGGACGAGGCCCAGCGGCAACUGGAAAAAGUGCGGGCCAGUCGACGCAGAGUGGACCAGGACAUCGCGGCCGCUCAACGUAAACUUCGUCAGGCCAGCACGAGCGUUAAACACUGGAACGUUCAGAUGAACCGCCUGAUGCAUCCCAUCGGCCCUGGAGAAAGGAGAGCAUCCUCCAGUAAUCUUCUCGCCCCUCCAGUCCGCAUCCCCUCUGUCAGCGAGACCGAAUCGAGACCUCCACAGAAAGACAAACAGAAUAGCCUUGACUGUGAAGACAACAGCGGCAGCGAGAAUAUGGACUGCUGCAACAAUGAAAACACAGAGCCGACUGACGCUGAAUAAACCUGACAUAACAGUGAUAAACCUGACUGAAAUGUCCUGAAAUAGCAAACUAAACUGACUGUGAAUGAAUCAGAGCAGCUGUAAUCAUGACUGAAAUAUACAUGUUUUGUUGUUGUUCUUGUCUGAUAGACCUAGGCUGUUUUUUUUUUUUUUUUGUGAAACUUGUGGUUUUACUUCCUGUUUCCUGUGUCAGCAGAAGAUGCUGUGCUUGUGUAGAACUGCUCUUUAUCUCUCGUUCACUGUCUUGAAAGAGAAUAAAUGAUUAGAAAAACUAAA